AAAAUUCCUAUAUUUCUAGCGCAUUUCCUGCUUUCCAAUUCCAAUUCUACCUUUAAAUUAUCUUGAGGCUCUCUGCAAAUUCAAUUGAUUUUAAGUUGGAUACUCAUAUUUUAACAACUUCAUAUCGACUCACAUGUGAGAUAGGCCAGUUGAUCAUAGCAGAACUAUAUGCCGACACAUUAGCGUUGAUUGUAUGAGUGACCCGUUUGUUGUGUAUACUGGGCCUUGUACGUAGCGUAGUGGCUUUCUUAAUUGGGUUUGAUCUGCUCAUUAAAUCUGAUGGGCCUUCGGAGGACUUUUGGAAAAUUAAAGUGGGGAUGCAUGGGCCUUUCGGGACGUGUUGACCCCAAGAUGAUAUAUGGGUUCCGCCACGGGUGAUCUGCUUGAGAUAAUGUGGCCCAAACCCCGUGAGAAUUUUUGUUUUUGUUAUUUUCCUUUUCUUUGAACCCUCCUUCUUGGAGAAUUAAGAUAAGCGUAGUGUUAUAGUAGCAUUAUCCGACAACGGCGGAGUUUGGUACCUUCACCUGAAAACCCGAUGGCAAUGGCGUUAGAGAGAGCACUGCCAGCAGCAACAAGCACAACCUUCCUCACAAACCCCAAAGUUCCCUCCUUUUUCCCAACCACAACCUCCAACCACAACCACAACCACAGCCACUUAGCCUUCGCACGGCGCCGUUUCAAUAUCAAAUGCUCGAUGGAUUACAGUAGAGACCAGUACAACAACAAUGGCAGCAGCAGCAUUCAAGUGCCCAUAGCGUAUCCUAGACCGGCUGAGGUUCAGUGGAAGAAGGAGCUGUGCAAUACGGUGCACCUCAUCGGCGUCGUCGGUCUUCCCAUUGAAAUUAAGCACCUUCCCUCUGGAAAGGUCGUCGCUUGGACCCGCCUCGCCGUCAAGAAAUCAUCUUCCGACACCUCAUGGAUCAAUUUGACAUUUUGGGAUGAGAUGGCGCAUGUUGCUUUCCAGCAUGUAGAGAAAGGCAAUCAAAUAUAUGUCAUUGGUCGUCUGAUUACAGAUUCUGUUGAAACCAAUGAAGGGAAGCAGCAGACUUACUAUAAGGUAGUUGUUCAGCAACUGAAUUUUGUUGAGAAGGGCUUUUCAUCAUUGGUCUUGAAUGAUCAUGACUCUGAUUCAAUUACAGCAGUUAGAAAUACUGGCAACGGUGCCGCAAAGAACAGUACAGAAACCACACAAGAAUUGUGGCAAGCCUUUUUUGCUAAUCCAGUGGACUGGUGGGAUAAUAGGAAGACCAAGAGGAACCCAAAAUAUCCGGAUUUUAAGCAUAAAGAUACUGGAGAAGCCUUGUGGAUUGAAGGCCGGUACAAUCCGCCAUGGGUGAAGUCCCAACUUGCUAUACUGGAUUCAAGAAUGGGGAACCUUAAUGACCAAGAUCUUAAGAUGCACUCAAAUAUAUUUGCUGGGGAUGAUUUUUCGCCUUUCUAAGUGCUUGCGGUACUACUUGUGUUGUAGGAAACCAGUGUCGAAGGGGUAAUUUAUGUAUAGAUUAUCAAUUUUUGGUGGAGAUACUGAAGAAUUCAGCUUUGAUUCUAUAGUUUUGUAUCCUAUAUUUUUCAAUUUAUAUGACGUGCUGCUAAUUAAUUUGCUA